CCCAAGGGGUUUUCAUCCAGACUGUUUUGCUGUCUGCUGCUCUCAGUUCUGCUGCUCGUGUGUGCUCUGUACGCGUGCACUUCGGGGAGUGUUUCUACAGCAGCGUAGCGCCAAUGAGCAGCUCUUUGCUCUCUGUCUGUUUCUGUCGAAAAUCGGAUCGGGGUUCGAUAAACGCCAGUUAAUCACGGUUGUAGUCGCAAAUCCCCACUAAAUCACAACAACGUCUCUCGUUUUGCACCGGCUCUCUUUUAACUCCAGAAAAAAGAGAACACACAUCAACGCAUUUGAAGAGGCUGACACGGUGAAUGAAUGUAGUGCACUCACGUACAGUGAGUGCUGUGUACAGUGGAGCCAGAAGGGGAAAUCAUGUUGAGGAAACGAAACCUAAAGCGCCACAACGUGAAAGCAGUUCUCUAUUUCAGGAGAAUAAUAACACACAUUAAAUAAACAGAGACAGACAGACAGAAACAACAACAAGGAAUGGCCUCUGCUAUCACUUCCUGGUCUGGAGAGAACUUUUCAUGUCCGAUCUGUCUGGAUGUGUUCAGCAGUCCAGUUUCCACUCCAUGUGGACACAACUACUGCAGAACCUGUAUUACUAAGUUCUGGGAUGGACAAGUCAAGCACAAAUGUCCUGUUUGCAACAAGCUUUUCCACAGAAGACCUGAUCUACAGGUCAAUACCCUCUUAAAAGGGAUGGUUGAUCAGUUUGGAACGUCCGAACGGGUAAAAGAGCAGCUUUAUGUUAAACCAGGAGAAGUUCCCUGUGACUUCUGUAUUGGGAUCCAGCUGAAGGCCGUGAAGUCCUGCCUAGAGUGUUUCAUGUCUUUCUGCCAAACCCACCUGGAGCCACAUCAGAGAGUCGCAGUCCUGAAGAAACAUCGGCUGGUCGAGCCUAUGGAACGUCUAGAAGACAGGAUUUGUAAGAAACAUGACAGACUUCUGGAGCUCUUCUGCCAGACUGAACAGGUGUGUGUGUGUCAGUUCUGCACAGAGACAGGCCACAAGUCCCAUCCUGUUAUACCUCUAAAGGAGGAAUAUGAAGUGAAAAUGGCCCAGCUGGGGAAGAUAGAGGCUGAAGUUCAGCAGAUGAUCCAGGAGAGACAAAAAAAUAUUCAGGAGAUUAAAGACACAGUAAAAUGCAGCAAAGCAGAUGCAGACAGGGAAAUAGCUGAUGGUUUGCAGGUCAUCACUGCUCUGAUGCGCUGCAUUGAAAAGUGCAAGGAUGAUCUCAACCAAAUGGUUAAAGAGAGACUGAAAUCCAAAGAGAAACAUGCUGAAGACCUCAUCAAAAAGCUGGAGCAGGAAAUAGAAGAUUUGACCAAUAGAAGCUCAGAGCUGAAGCAGCUCUCGCACACUGAAGACCACCUCAACUUCCUCCAGGCCUUCAGAUCCCUGAAGGAUCCUCCACACACCAGGGACUGGACGACAGUGGAGGUCCGUCCUCCAUCAUACGUAGGGACCUUGAGGAGAUCCCUGGAUCAGCUGGAGGAGACACUGAACAUGGAGAUGGAGAUGCUGUGUGAUGCUGAACUGAAGAGGGUCCAGCAGUAUGAAGUAGAUGUGACUCUGGAUCCUAAUACAGCUGAUCGCCAUCUCAUCUUGUCUGAGGAUGGGAAACAAGUACAUAAUGGAGGUGUAAGGAAGAAGCUCCCAGACAACCCUAAGAGAUUUACAAAGAAGAUACAUGUGCUUACGAGGCAGAGCUUCUCCUCAGGGAGAUUUUACUUUGAGGUCCAGGUUAAAGACAAGACUCAAUGGUAUUUAGGAGUGGCCAGAGAGUCCAUCAACAGAAAAGUAGAGAUCAUAGUGACCCCUGAGAAUGGUUACUGGACUCUUUUCUACUACAAGGAUGGGUUGGUAUUCAUUGAUAACCCUGUUGUCCAUCUCCCUCUGAGAGCUGAGCUCCAGAAGGUGGGGGUGUUUGUUGAUUAUGAUGAGGGUCUGGUCUCCUUCUAUGAUGUGGAAGCCAGGGAUCAUCUCUACUCUGCUACUGGCUGCACCUUUAGUGAGCCUCUCUAUCCAAUCCUCUGCCCAGGCCGCCAUGAUUAUGAAAGUAACAACUCCGCCCCCCUGAUCAUCUCACCCGUCAAUCAAACAGACUAGGACCUUUGUUUGAUAAUAAAAUAAUCAAGCAACCAAAACAACUAAGGUUGUUUCCUGAAUUAGAAUUUCUACUAUGUGAGAUCUGAGAGAACUGCAUUAUUUGCAUUAAUUGCAGUCGGACCUGACCCAAAGCAAUCGUUAUCUUUAUUCGGCUCCGCCACUUCGGCCUUGGAAGGCUGAUAUCUCUCCACUCCCCUGGUUGUUAUGCAGACAGAUGCCCUGCCACCCCUCCCCCCAUCCUCCACCUCCCGUGAACUUUGUCUCUGGUUCGGAACUCUUCGUGGUCGUCUCCACGGCGACGGCCGUGUCCUCGUCACCAGCAUCAGACGGGAGAGACACUGUUUAGUCUGGGUGGAGAUGGAGUCCUUGGGCUCGCUCACACACACACACACUGACAAGACAGAUAACACACACACCCCCUGGACUCACCGCCUACUGGACUCCCUCCCCCUCUCCGUCCCUCGUUACAGUACAGUACGCCGUGAGUGAUGCGAUGCGCCCGUUGGCUGCGUCCUCCUCCCGGGGUCUGAGCUGUGACACCUCCCCUCCCCGAUAUCCUUCCCCCCUCCCACAUGUGUUUGUGAUGCUUUUGAUAUGUUGCUUAUGUGUUGAGGUGUUUUUUGCUAAUCCCUACACUGUGCCCCCCUUAGAGGAGCAUAGUUUGGGGUAUUGGCUUUUUUUUCCCUUGCCACCCUCUUGUUUAGCUUUUUUAAUUUUCUUAUCUAACGCGGGCCGCAUGUUUCUUAUCUAACGAGCGCCUGACAGUCUCUCCGUCCUGUCUCCCCAAACUGUCUUUUAUGUUUCUUGGACGGAAUGUAACUGGUAUUUUUCGUUGCUCUGCAACAUGUGCAAUGACAAUAAAGUAUAUUGAUUGAU